UCAUCAGUUAUUCACCCACAUUGUUCCAACCCCAUAUUUUCAGCAAAUAACAAUAUAUAAAUAACAAUAUCAGUAUGUUUAUCACACAAAAGAAUUAGCACAAGAAAUAUAGUGCAAGUUGUACAGGCUACUUUUAUGGUGUUUUUUAGUUUGUUUGUUUUUUUUGUACUCUUUGGAGAUUGACAGCCCCAGUCCCCAUUCACUUUCACUGUUUGGAAAAGAGUAGCCUGGACAUUUUGCCUUUUGUAAAAUAAUUGUAAAAAUGACAGAUUUUUGCCGGUAAAAAGUAAAGAUGCAAUAAUUGUCAUUUUUUUUGGUGAAUUAAAAGAAUCGACAAUUGCAAAACCCUUAUCAAGCACUAAUCUGACUACACGAUGACUGCGUCUAUGGUGCCUCAAUGUCUACGGUGUUACAGCUCUGUGCUACAGUUGUCUAUGUUAAAGCUCUGCUCUAAAGCAUCUCCCAGAGGAUAAUUUCAAGAAAAGAUAGCUGACUGGAUGAGAACGUCUGUCAUUAUCACACCAUUUUGGAAAAAAUAUACAGUAUAAAAAUAACACAGUAUAUAUAUAUUUUUAAUAAUAAAAAAACCAAAACACCAAAAAAAAAAAAAAAAAAAACACCAACCAUUACUCUGCUGUCGAUACCACUAGUUCUUCAAAGCCAUUGCAUUGUUAAUGGAUGUUUGGCCCAGAUGAUGAAACAAAACAAUUUCUGAAAUCUCUGACAUACUUUACUAUUUCCAAAGUGUUCUCUCCCUGUAUGAUAUUAGUCAACUACCAAAACAACAUGUGCCUUUCGAGUUACACUGUUCUCUUUCAGUCCCCAAGAGACAUGUAUGCAAUAAGUAUUUAAAAGUUUUGUUCCGCCUCUGAGAACUGCCCCUCUCACCAUGCUUCUGAAAUAGCUUUUGUGUGCAAGGGAUCACCCCUGCUCCACAUUACUAAACAAAGACCCAUUGAAAUACGACACAUCACAUCUGUUUCUCUCAUUUCCAUACAUAUACACUUAAAUUCCAUCUUCUAGGUUCAAACAGAAGGUAGAACUGAGAGAAAGUGACACUUAACACUUUGGGAUAAACCUUAAGAAUGCCUGCAAACUACAGUGGAACGUGGGAUAUAGUGGAAAAUGAAAAUUUAGAAGCUUACAUGGUGGCCCUUGGAAUUGAUUUCGCCACACGGAAGAUAGCAGGGAUGUUAAAGCCACAGAAGAUUAUUGAGCAAGACGGAGACUCUUUCACCAUUAAAACGUUAACAACCUUCCGAAAUUACUCCUGUACAUUCAAAAUCGGCGAAGAGUUUGACGAGGUUACUAAAGGGCUGGACAACAGAAAAUGCCAGACAACAGUGAAUUGGGAAAACGACAAACUUGUGUGUGUUCAGAAAGGAGAGAAAAGGAAUAGAGGAUGGACACACUGGAUAGAUGGAGAUAUUCUUUACCUUGAACUUAAAUGUGAGGACCAGACCUGCAAGCAAACCUACAAAAGAAGAGCUUAAUUCAUAACUAUUAUGUUGAAUUUAAUACAAAUGUCAGUGGUCCCUUUUUGUUAUUGUUAAAAAAUGUAAUAAAUUGCACCAUUCUAACCAUUC